AUGGAACAGGACUGUAAAGUGACCGUGAUGGCUUUUGCGGACGCAGAAUCAAACAAGAAACCGGGCGCUAAAUGUGGUUCAAGGCUUACCACGGCUCUCUUGGGUUUAACACUAUUCCUUGCUUGCGCUGCUGCUGUGGUCUUUUUCUCCAGCCUUUACAGCAAGAAUCCAGGACAAGAUGAGGUCGGUUUUGAUAUUCACCACACAUUGCGGCACAUCUCCAAUGUCCGAGCUGCCAUUCACUUAACAGGACAGUACAAUUCCCAAAUUGCCAACUCUGUGGAAUGGAUAAACCAGGUGGACCCAUCCCAUUCUCAAGGCGGUCUGGAGCUCAAGGACAACGAGAUCGUCAUCCCCCAAAGCGGCCUCUAUUUUGUCUACAGUCAAGUAUCUUUCCGGGUCAGCUGUCGAAAGGACGACAACGACGACGCCUCGGCCACGUCGUUGAUCCACCUCACCCACCGAGUGAGACGAUGGUCGAACUCGUUCGGCAACGACGAAUACCGGACCAUCCUGCACUCUGUCCGGACUGCCUGUCAAAAAACGGACACUGAAGAAGAGGGCAACUGGUACUCUGCCGUCUACAUGGGAGCUGUGUUUAACUUAAAUAAAGGAGACAAGUUGAAGACCGUGACUGAGAAAAUGCUGCCUAACCUGGAGGAAGAAACCGGGAAGACGUUCUUCGGCGUCUUCGCCUUGUGA